AUGUCUGAGGAUGAACGGGACGAUACGAUCAUCUGGUUGCGACAUGUCGGUGUCGACAAAAAAGAGGUGUACACCAUACUCAACAAGGGCUGCAAGGAGAGCUUGGACUUCAGCUACGGAGAAACCGGCGUUAAAGCGCUUGCACAGUGGUUUCAAGCCGUCGGUGGGGGCCUGAUGGCUUGGGAAACGAUGAAACAUUACAUCGAAGACGACAAGUUCAUAGAAGGCGGCGUCGAUUUCGAACGCUUCAUGGGGCUGUUUCUGAGGAAUAUUGCACCUAAGGGGGACAUCAUUUUCCAUGCUAGCGAAGCCGGGAAGACUUGCCUGCGGGAUUGCAUGACCGAGCUCGGGGCAUUCCUUGAGAACAAAAUGAAGUAUCCGACUACGGAAGAGUAA